UACUGUUUUCUUUCUUUAAUUUCUUUCCAUGUAAGCCUAGAUGUCUUCUUUUCCACCCUUCUUAUCUCUCUUCGAAAAGUUUUCAACACAGGAACCUCUUAAAUUCCCACUAACUCUUCAACAAAUUACACUAUAUUUUUACCAAAAAUCACAAUUCUCCAUAGCAGGAAGAGGAUAUGAACAUACUAGAAGAGAUGGAAGAAUUAAUAUUUGUGUAGACUUUUUAUUUUCUGUAGUUUUGUGAUGGGUUCUCUAGGCAAUCCGAAAGCUUGGGUUCCAUACGUGAAUAGCAAAGAUUGUUCUCAAGGAUUUUGCAGCUUGUAUUGUCCGCAGUGGUGCUACAUCAUCUUCCCUCCACCGCCACCUUUAGAUGAUCAGUUCACUGAAGAUAAUUCAAGUCCAACUUUUUCCCCUCUUGUAAUUGCCAUCAUCGGCAUUCUUGCAAGUGCUUUUCUUCUAGUAAGUUAUUACACGAUAAUCUCUAAAUAUUGUGGCAACAGAAACUCUACAAGAGGAAGAGAAAAUCCUGAUCCAGCUCAAGAAUUGGUGGACAAUCACAACCCUUCUCUCCAUGAGCCUUGGCAUGUUGCAACUGCUGGCUUAGAUGAUGCGCUCAUCAAGUCCAUUACGGUUUGUAAGUACAAGAAGGGAGAUGGUUUGAUUGAAGGCACUGAUUGCUCUGUUUGUCUCAGUGAAUUUGAAGAAGAUGAAAGCAUUAGACUUUUACCAAAGUGUAGCCACGCUUUCCAUGUUCCUUGCAUUGAUACAUGGCUUAUAAAUCAUUCAAAUUGCCCUUUGUGUCGCGCAACCAUCUUUUUCAUCAGUGCUUCGCCGCCCCAGUUACCUCCAAUCACUGAAACUUCAGCAAAUCAAGAUUCAGUACAAGAUAGCCCAGCAGCAAGUGAGAAUGCAGCAACUGCACAGGAUAUAGAAAGAGGUGUCGGCGAAGAGGAAAUAAUGCAGAAUGAUGGGACCCCAAAGACUCCAUUGCGUGCUUUUAGUGAUCUGGGGAAUAUGCAAGGAAGAAAUACUGUUAUUGAGAUCACAGAAGAAGGAAGUCAAAACAUAAGAAGAUCAGUUUCAAUGGAUCAUUCAUGUCAAACCCGAGUUUCGAUCGCUGAUAUGCUUAGAAUAAAUCAAGACGAAGAUAUUAUUCAAGAGGAAGAAUGUAGUGGUAGUGCAGGAUCAUCAAAACAACCAGAAGAAACCGGCAAGUCAAUGAACAGAAAAAAAGUCUUGCAUUGUGUAAGGAGUCCUGUGAUGAAGAGAUCGUUUUCCAGUGGGAGAUUCUUGCUCACAAGGCAAGGGAGAGUGCGUGACUCAAUCAUUCCUCUAUGAAUAUAUAUUUUUUUUGAUAGAUUAAAAUGUAAGGAUUAGUGUUAAUUAUGAAGAGAAAAAGCAGAGGUCUAUUGCCAAUGUCUUGAACUCAAUACAUUAUUAGAAUCAUAUAUAGCUAAUUCCAUGAGUGACAA